AAAACUCUAGGAACUCACAAUUACCAGCUCUGAACACCUCGCACUCAAUGGUUUCAAGCAUCAUAAGCAACUGUAACAGUUCACAAGGAAACUUAGAAUCCACUCUGUCCGAAUACCGGAAGCACAAAGUGAGAGAAGCCAUUCUUUACGACAAUCUACACAAGUCGAUGCAAAUAGUCGACCAGUUAGAUAACUUUCCUAUCAAGAGCAAGGGCAUUCAAGGCAUGUCGAGGAUCUACAACCAUAUUAGAGACAAGAUCACAGACGACACUCAAGACAUGGCAGAGGUAGGCUGUUCGGGUAUCUUCUAGGUUGUUUAUCAGUACAGACAUAGGUAAUA